UGCGCAGAGCCCUUCCAAAAGGUUUUCUAGGCUUAGAAGGGGAAGAGAAAUGAGCCCGGGGGCCAUUGUAGCUAUCCCAGGGCCACAGAAAUAAUUCCCAGCAUUGCAGAGGCCCGGUCUCCAGUCUCCUGCUGGUGCCGCAGGUGUGGCAGGUGCGAGGCCUGGACGCUCUUGGCUCUGGAUCCUGACUGGUAGAAGAUUGCUUGGAGAGUAGGGGGCACAUUUCACAGCCGCUGGGAAGCUCAGCGAGAUGCCAGACCUACCUUCAGCCUUCCUGCCCCUCCUCCUUCUUUCGAAGUUAGUUGCCCCCGUGACCUUUCGUCACCACCGCUACGAUGACCUCGUGCGGACGCUGUACAGGGUGCACAACCAAUGCCCGGACAUCACGAGGCUCUACAACAUCGGGCGCAGCGUGAAGGGGAGGUACCUCUACGUGCUGGAGUUCAGCGACCACCCGGGGAUCCAUGAGCCCUUGGAACCGGAAGUCAAGUACGUGGGGAACAUGCACGGGAAUGAGGUGCUGGGCCGUGAGCUGCUACUGCAGCUGUCGGAGUUCCUCUGUGAGGAGUUCAGGAACCGGAACCCGCGAAUCCUGCGUCUCAUCCAGGACACACGCAUUCAUAUCCUGCCUUCCAUGAACCCCGACGGCUAUGAGGUGGCUGCCGCGCAGGGCCCAAGCACAUCUGGGUAUCUGGUUGGUAGAAACAAUGCAAAUGGAGUGGACCUGAACCGCAACUUCCCUGAUCUCAACACCUAUUUCUACUACAAUGAGAAGUACGGCGGCCCCAACCACCACUUACCCCUCCCAGACAACUGGAAAAGUCAGGUGGAACCGGAGACCCGGGCGGUGAUCCAGUGGAUUCGUUCCCUAAAUUUCGUUCUCUCAGCCAAUCUGCAUGGCGGGGCUGUGGUGGCCAAUUACCCAUAUGACAAGUCACUUGACCAUCGUUUCCGAGGUCCCCACCGUACCUCCAGUUCCCCCACACCAGACGACCAGCUCUUCCAGACGCUGGCCAAGGUCUACUCCUAUGCGCAUGGCUGGAUGCACCAAGGCUGGAACUGCGGUGAUUACUUCCCAGACGGCAUCACCAAUGGGGCGUCCUGGUACUCUCUCAGCAAGGGAAUGCAAGACUUCAAUUAUCUCCACACCAACUGCUUUGAGAUCACACUAGAGCUGAGCUGCAACAAGUUCCCCCGGCAAGAGGAGCUACAGCGGGAGUGGCUGGGUAACCGGGAAGCCUUAAUCCAGUUCUUGGAACAGGUCCACCAGGGCAUCAAGGGCAUGGUGCUUGAUGAGAACUCUAACAACCUCACAGGGGCUGUCAUUUCUGUCACUGGGGUCAAUCAUGAUGUCACUUCAGGUGAGCAUGGAGAUUACUUCCGUCUGCUUCUUCCGGGGACGUAUACUGUCACCGCCAAGGCACCAGGGUACGACCCCCAAACAGUGAUUGUGACAGUGGGGCCUGCGGAACCAACACUGGUCAACUUCCAACUCAAUCGAAGCACAUCUCAGGUGCACCCUGUGCCGAAAGCUCCCGGUCGAGGACAGGGAAGCAGGCCAAAGCAGUCCCGGAUACCCAAAAAGAAAGACACAGCAACAAAGAGGCAUCGAGGCCCUGCCUGAAGCCCAGCAGCCAGGGCCACACACAGCAAGGCCAGGUCCCUGCUCUCAGAUCCGGUGGCCACACUUCUCCCUUAUUAUCUGGGACAUAUUCAGACACAGGCACAUACAGAACAGUUCCAAGUGUGUCUGUCUGUCCCGGAGCAAGCCUUCCCUAGGCCAGCCAGCAUUAAAGAAGUUGGAACCUUCCGGAAACUGGUGCCCCACUCUGCAUGCCUCCAGCAGGGUUCUGGAGACCUUCUUCCUAGGAGUUUGGUUUGGGUCCCAUGCCAGUGAGCAGUGCAUUCUGAGACAGCUUCCAGCUGGUUGUCCAUCUGUCUCCAGGGUCCAGCACGGAGCUGGUGACAGGGUGGUGCAGCAUGACGCUGUCAUAAUGACUGCGGUGCUGAGGGGAGCCAGAAGUGCCUGGGACCAAUAACCAGUGGUUCUCUAAUAAAGGAGGAAUUUGACCUA